UCUCUCUCUCUCUCCCCCUUCUCCCCCUCCCCGUUUCGCCCCUUCACUCGAGGCCCCUUCACCCACAGCUCCUGGCGGACCAUCCCCUCCGCCAUCCCCUCUGGCCCGGGCUCGUGCCUCAAUGUCUAUUCUCCUUCGGCGCCGCCAGAAGGCCGCCCUCGCGGCGGAACUGGCGGCCGCAUCCCCCUCCGGCACCGACCUCAAGUCGGACGAGUCUUCCGCCUCCGGCGGAUCGAGCGCCGAGUCCUUCCAAUCCCAGUCCUCCCUUAGCCUGCUUCCCAAUGGGGGCGCCCCGGAGGGGACGACUCUUGCGGAUGGCGCCCCGAGCCCGGACCACCCCCGGCCGGGCACCGGUGGCCCGAUCCACGCCACCUCCCAACACCCUCCCCACCUGGCCGGGUCCCUGUCCCCGGAUGGCCUGCUGUCGGCCUCGGUGUCCGGCUUGAGUCUUGCCGGCUCGCCCUCGGCCGGCCCCAGCAGCCUGGAUCUGACCCUCGGUGGCCCGGGCAGCGGCUUGACCCUGGCCUCCGAUCCGGACCCGGUGUACCCCCCGCCCGGGGGGGGUGUCGCGGCCCCCGGCGCCCCGGGGCCCGGGGCUUCCUUCUCCUCGCCCGGCAUGGCAUCGCAAUCGCAACUGGGCCUGGAUAUGUCCCGGUCGGCCAGCAAUUUGGACCUGGAGCUGGGCCGGCUGGCGCCGGCUGGCGGCCCGGCUGGCGGCCCAUCCGGAUCCCUGGCCCCGGUCGGCGGCCACUCCCGAUCCACCAGCGGCGGGGUGGUCCUCGAUGACGAUGGCACCCUUCGGGCCGGCGAGCUGACCCUCAGCCGGUCGGGCCUGCAUCUUGCCUCCUCCUCCAGCAUGGCCCUGUCAUCCGGGCUGCAGGGCCCUGCCGGGCCGCCGCCUAGCGGCAUCCCGCCCGGCGCCGCGGCCGCCCUGGCCCCCGGCUCCAGUGCCUUCGCCACCCCGGCCGCCUACAUCUCAUCCCCCUUGAGCCAAGUCCCGCCGCAUUCCUUUGCCGAUCAGUCGUUGGCCUCGGGCGCAUCGAGCUCCGUCUGCGCCAGCCACUCGGUGUCCACCUCAUCCGGUGAGCUCCUCGGCCCGGGCUCCAUGGUGCCACCCCCGGGUGGGGUCCCCUCGCCGGAGGACCUCGACGCCCUGGAGGAUGAUGGCGAUGACGGGCCCUGGGUUCAUGACCUUGGCCAGGAUGGCCUGCCGCGUCGUGUGCCGACCGCGGCGCUGAUUCGCGCAGCCGAAACCCCCCUGGCCGAAUUGGGUCGCGGCGCGCAGGGCCGAGUCACGCGCGCCCUUGUCCGCGCGGUUUCCCUGCCCGUGGCCAUCAAGAUCAUUCCCCUGGCGGCGCUUCUGCCCCAGGCUGACGGCUCGUCCGGAGGCCUCGGCCGGCCGGGUGGCAAUGCGCCCGGGGCGCCGACCGCCGCCGAGAAGGAAGCCGAGAAUCCCUCCCGCUUGCUGGGCGAACUUCGCACCCUGUACGACGCCUCCUCCAUCGAUUACUUCCAUGGGUCCCAUCUGGACUCGACUGGUGCCUGCCCCGGGGGAGGCCGGACAUGCCUGGACUCGGCCAGCGCCACGCAAUACCCGCCCCCCGGCCCGGGUGAUGGCCGGGAGCAGAUUGUUCGCUUCUGGGGCGCCUUCGUGGCAGAUGGCCAUGCACAUGUGGCCCUGGAGCUGAUGGAUGGCGGUUCAUUGGCCGACCUGUCCGCCCGGUGGGGGGGGCCCCUGCCGGAGCGGAUCCUCCGGCGCAUUACCCGCGAGACCCUCAAGGGGCUGGCAUACCUGCACGCGCCGCCUCGUCGCCGGCUCCAUCGGGAUCUCAAGCCUUCGAAUGUCCUGUGUGACGCGCGCGGUCGAGUGGCCUUGGCAGACUUUGGGGUUGUUAGCGGAGCUCUAGCGGCCAGUAUGGCCAGUUGCGCCAGCUGGGUCGGAACGGUCACAUACAUGUCGCCCGAGCGCAUCCAGGGCCGGUCCUAUUCCUUUGCGUCGGAUAUCUGGGCCUUGGGCCUGUCGAUCUUGGAACUGGCCCUUGGGAGGUUCCCCUAUGCGCCGGUCCCUCCGGCCGACCCGAUGAUGGAGGUGCCUGUCCCGGAACACAUCCACGAGUCCCAUGCCACCGAGUCGCUUGCCCCACUCCAGGGCCUUGAUCCAUCCAACCAGCAGAACCUCCUCCUUCUUCACCAGCAGCACCAGCUCCAGCAGCAGCAGACCCAGCGCCCGCAGGCUGCCAUGCUGGAGCCACACCACAUGGAUCCGUAUGCCGGUGACAUGGGUGCCCCUGAGGAUGCCAACUACUUCGACCCAUACGCCGAUGGGUUUGGCGGUGAGUUUGACGGCCACGGCGAGGAGUUUGCCUUUGACUAUGGCUACGGCGAGAACCUCGGCGAGGGCAUCAUGGCCGACCCCUCCUCCUUCCUCUUCGCCUCGGCGCCCAUGCCUCCGCCGGUCCCGGUGCAGCAGCCCGCACCGACCAUCGUUGGACUGGGCUUCUGGGAGCUGCUGGACGCCAUCGUGUAUGACUCCAUCCCCACCCUGCCGGAAACCCAUUCGCAUGUGUGCUUCCCGGCGCCCAAUCCCCAAAGCUUGCUCCUGUCACCCUCCUACUCGCCUCAGGGCGACGAUUCGGCCCCGGCACAGGACGGUGCUCUUCCCUCGGAGCAUAUCCGCAUCCCAUCUGGGCCCGGCACCGGGCCUCGAUCGCAUGUGGGCCUUUCACUGUCGGUGGACGACACGACCGCGCCUCUUGCCGAUUGCCCGGAUGACAGCCUGCCACAUCGGCAGCUUCACCUUUCCCGCAGUGUCGGCAGCAGCAGUCGACUGCUCCUGAAUCCCUCGGGAUCCGACAGGGACCUCCUGCAGCAGUCGGCCUUUGCGAUGUCAGCUCCCGGGGGCGGGCGCAUCCCGUCCACCUUUUCCCCGGCUCGGCAGCCGCACCUCCCCCGGACCUACCGGGUGCCGGAUCACCAGCAGCCCAUGUUCCCCGUCCAACCGGACGCCUAUCAUCACCCAUCGAUUUCCCUGUCGCCCGUGUCGCCAUCUGCAUCUGGCGGCGGCCCGAGUGCCAGCAAUGUGGUUGAUCCUUCGAACUCGGCUCCGGCCAUCUGGCUCAGCCCGUAUGGCGAGGACUUGCGGGAUUUCAUCAUGCUCUGCCUGCAGAAGGACCCGGCGCAGCGUCCCUCGGCGCUGCAGCUCCUGAAACAUCCCUUCGUCAAUGGCCCGGAGGUGGCCACGGCCGAGGACAUGGCCAUCUUCGUUCGCGGCCUUGUCGACACUUCAGUCAUGGGCCAGCCCAUCCCGUCGGAGUUGAUGCGGCGCCACAUGCGCUCGACAUCCUCUUCUUCACAUGCUCAGCGUCCAAAUGCCGGGGAGAGCCUCGGCAUGGCCGCCGCCCCGCCGGUGGCGACAGCCUCCACUGGCGCCCCAUGGCAGGCACGCCUUACGCCCACUGCAUCGGCCAUGUUCUCCUCCUCGGAGGCUGGGCCUGACAGCGUCGAGCACCCGGUCGAUGGGGACGAAGCCCCGACUCACGGCCCCCCGAAGGACUCGCACCAUGGGUCGGGCGGGGGGGCGAAGCGCGUGGCCGGGAAGCCGCCCUCUCCCACUCCGGAGGCUGGGACCUCCGAAGUUGACUCUCUCGGGGCGGAGCCCGCCGGCUCGGCCAACAAGCCUCCUGGUGGAGGCCUGGCAGAUCAGAGCGUCCCGCUGGCAUCUGGCGAGGGGAUGCCACCAUCUGGCAUCGGCGCCAAAAAGAAGGAGUCGAAGAACCUCCUGCGGAGGCUCUUCCCGCGAUCUUCCUCCUCCUCUUCCUCUUCCUCCUCGGUGUCAUCCUCGACGUCACUGGCGACAUCCUCCGGCGCUGGCGCAGGGGGGCCACCCCACACCGGUGGAGGAGCAGGCGGGGAUCACCGGCUGUGAUGGCGCCGGGGCCGCGUGGCUCCUUUUGCGCCCGGCCGCGUGGAUGUGGAUAUGCGCUCGUGUACUUGUGUCAUGAGGCUGGCUCGCGCCGCUCGCCCUCUCCCCCCUCCCCCCUCUCCCUUCCUUCUCCCUCGAUUCCUCGUCUCCACCUCACCCCCACCUCCGGACUGCCAAUCAGACGCCCCGUUCAAUGGCAUCGACCCGGGGUGGUGGGGGCACACAGGGGCGCCGGGGCGAGAAGGUCCCAUGGUGCCCUUCUCCUUGUGGCUGUUCUCUUGUGUAGCAGGGCCAAUCGCGGGGGACAUGGCAGAACAUGAGGCUUGCCUGGUCUCUCCCUCCCGCCCGUUCCUCCCGCCUGCGUGCGCCUCCUUGCGUGUCUUCGGGUGCGCCUUAAUGAGAUGGUGCGGCAUGCAUCUCUCCCCCUCUCUCCCAUCCUCCCAUCCCACCUGUGCUUGGUGAGCUCCCGUGCAGUAGUUCGGGAGCCUGAAUAGAUCUGUGUCCUUGGCA